AUGACACCUCUCGCAUUCGACCUCUCCGAGUACCUGCUCUUGUUGAUAUUUACACUACUUGUCUACAAAGGCACCACGGUUAUUUAUCACCUAUACUUCUCUCCACUAGCCGGGUUUCCAGGUCCACGCUUGGCCGCAGCAACCAGUCUCUAUGAGUUUUAUUUCGACGUUCUGAAAGGAGGUCAGUUCAUGUUCGAGCUUGACCGUUUACACGACAAAUAUGGACCUGUCCUCCGCAUCAAUCCUCGUGAGAUCCACAUUAAGGACCCCGGCUUUUAUGAUACCGUCUACGGCGGGCCAUUAAAUAAAAAAGAUAAAUCGUCUUCGAUUACUAAUAUUGGAUUGCCCCUGUCAACCUUUGAGACUGCGCCACAUGGUCUUCAUCGUGAGCGGAGGAGACUGUUGAGUCCAUUCCUUUCAACUCAAUCAGUUGCAGCCCUCCAGCCUGUCACCCAAGAAAAGUUGGACCUGUUUUGUGGCCACUUGUCGAGAAGAGUUGGUACGGGAGAGUUUCUCGACUUGCACUCUCUCUCUGCUUCUUUCGCCGCGGACGUGGUGUCGACAUAUGUGCUUGGCCGCGCGAAUUGUUAUGGAUACUUGGAUCGAGUGGAGAUAACAGAUGAGGGGAAGAAGGGUGUUAACAGCCUCUUUGAAACGAUGCUUUUCAUCAGGCAUCUACCAUUCCUAUACACCUUAGCACAUAAGAUUCCUAGCAUAGCCGCUUGGUUGUUUCCCACAUUUUCUUUUAUUCGACAAUUCACUGGGAAAAUUAAUCGAACGGUCGAAGCCGUCCAUGCAAACCCGAACGGGGACUCGAUGAUUUCAACUAUUCUCUCCAACAAGAAACUACCUGAGUACGAAAAAGAACUAAAACGACUGCAGGACGAACUGGCGUUUUUGUUCAUUGCUGGAUCAGAUGCACCGACUCAAGUGAUGGCAAUCACCUUUUUCCACCUUCUUUGGAAUCCAGAGACGUGCCAAAAACUCAAAGACGAGUUAGAUGAGGCUAUUCCCGUUCUGUCUGAAGCGGACUGGACUAAGUUGAAAAUUCUUCCCUAUCUGUCUGCUGUGGUGAAAGAAGGUCUACGACUUUCCGCCGUUGUGACAACAAGGCUUCCGCGUAUUGCACCAGAUGAAGCUUUGCAUUACGGUAAAUGGACCAUUCCGCCCGGUACGCCUGUCGGCAUGUCCAUCCCCUCCAUUCUACUAAGCCCCGAAAUCUAUACCGAGCCAUUGAAAUUCAUCCCAGAGCGCUGGAUGGGCCCCGCUGAGGAAGUCCAAGUUCUGGAUAAGUUUUUCGUUCCGUUUGCGAAGGGCAACUCAAGUUGCAUGGGUCAAAGUAUGACCUACUCGUGGCUACACACAGUGAUAGGCACCGUGAUACGCAAGUUUCAAUUGGAGCUUCACGAGACGGACGAGAAGAAUGUUCAAAUUGUUCGAGACUGUUUCAAUGGACAGACAAUUCCUGGGCUCAAUGUGAUUAACGUCAAGAUCACCAAGGAGUUCAACUAG